GACGCACGCUGUUUCGUAACCCGGAAGUAGAGAGGCGCUUGUUCCGGAAGUGUUACUCUGGCGUCUGAGCUGUACUAGGUUCUUGGACCUGGAGCUUGCGUUGUCGCUCUUGCCAUGUUUCUCACUGCAGUGGCUCUGGCCAAGGCCAAAUCCAAGGUUAUUCUUGUGCGGAUGUUGAGUGAAGCAGGGACAGGCUAUUCUAUCAACGUGAAAAGAAACCGGGUCCAAGAAAAACUGGUCUUGCUGAGAUUUGAUCCUUUUGUUAAACAGCGUGUUCUUUUCAAAGAACAUAAAAAGAUUCGUUCCCUUUAGAUGACAACUGGCUCAAAUUAUUUGAUUCAUAGAUGAGGCAGACUUGGGAGAAAAUGCUAAGUUAAUGACCCUGUGGCAAUUUUCAAAAAGAAGAGGAAAUGGGCCAAGCGGCAGUCUCCUGAGAUUUGCGAACUAUUGUGCACAGGAACAAUGUGAGAAAAGAAAGUCCUUGGGGUUUGGCUACAGAUCAUCACAUCACCAGUUUAUUUUUUUUUUACAUAUUUCUAUCAUUUUUCAUUUGAAAAGUGAAUCCUGAUGUCUGUUUAUUUCAUUUCAGUUUGAUUUGGAAUUACUACCCUACUUCAAAGGAACAUUUUUUCACAUGGCAAUAAAACUUAAGUGUUUUAGCUGA